AUGUCUUAUUUGAGUACAUCAGAAAAUGUGGGUUUCAGUAGUAUUCCCCAAAAUAUAUCAGAUGCAACCUGUGCAUCUCAAUACAAAAUGGCAGUGGAAGGGGUGUCAGGAAACUGUAAUAGUGAAGUAAAUAUGUUCAUACAUGACAGUUCAGGAGAUGAACAAACAUACAUACCACAUUUAAAUGAUAAUUUCUUUCAUAGUAAAUUUAAGAUUGAUCCCAACGAUCUUUACACAUUUCAUGAUUCCGAUGUUAUUGCUAGUGAAAUAACAGUCAGCCACACUGAAGAUAAUUUCAUCUUCUCAGAUAGUGUAGAUGUUAAAACUAAACUUCUUGAUAGUCCUAAUAAAGAGUUAGACCUAAUAGGUGCACUAACAAAUGGAGAUAUUAAAGAAGAAAUCGAUGAGCCAAAAAAGGAAGUCAUAAACAAUGGUCAUUAUUUUUCAACUACUAAAACUUAUCUAAACACAGAUACAGAUAAGAAUACUAAUGCCAAAGUCCAGAAUACUAAGAGUCAAAAUCAUGUUACAAAAGAACUAAGUAGAACAAAUGUUACGGAAAAUCGUCGACCAAGUGUUAACAGUUUGAAAGUUCAGAAUAAUGUAGUUGACCCAUCGCACAGUGUCAAUGUCAGUAUUAAUAGUGUUAAUUCAAGCAAUGUUAAGUCUACAUCAAAUGCAAAAUCAACAGGCCCGGAAACUUUUCUUGAUGUUUUUAAAAGAGAGCAAGGUGUUAUAGAAGGUCAAGCAGUGGGAAUCAAAACUGAACCUUCAGUAACAUCACCCAUUAAAGUUCCGACACCAAUUAACAAAAAACAAACAACAGUUAAGACACUUCAAGCAAAAACAAAACGUGGACGUGGACCCACUAUACAUGAAGCCUUGCAACGGAUAUCUCUCCAACAUAGAGUAAUUGCACUUUCAAAUACGUCAUGGCAUGCACCUGGUGAAGAUUUAUUCCAAUGUGGUCCACUAGAUGAGAAAAAGGCUAAUGCGUUUAGACAAAUAGAGAGCAGUAGUAGUGAUGAUGACAAUAUGCCAGAUUUUGAAUCGGGUUCAGGGCCAGUAUGCGUAGAGGAGAGCGCAGCGGAAUCCCGAAGUGCAAGGCUAGCUCUACGUAGAGCAGCAUUGCGACGCCAUGUUGCCAGAGCUAGCACUGCAUUACAACUCAUCAACGAUCGUAGUCAACAUCGAGCACUGGCGUCACUCAUCAAGAAACAAUUGAACGACAAAAACACGUCAUGCCGCCUUCCAGCUCAGACUGUGAAUCAUUUACUAGCGAUGCGUGGUAUGCCUAAUGUAUUGACGUCACAAGAACGAAGACGACUUCGCGAAACCGGCUGGUCGGGUGGUGAAAGUGGUAGACAGUCUGACGUCACUAGUAGCGUAUGCGUUGAGGCAAAUUGCACGCAACCGCCUCUACCGUGCAGCCGACACUGUCUGAAACACGUAACUCACGCGCCCGAACAGCGGCUUUAUGCGGCCUGUGCAGCCGUCUUCGCAGGUGGCGAGCGCUGCAAGCAACCGCUACUUCCGCUGCAGGAGCAGACGCCGCUGUGUGCCGAACACGCCUGGAAGCGGGAUAACUAUGAGCAACUAAGCCGCGAGUGGCGCCCUCAGAAGGCUCGAAGACGCGCUUGGCCAUCGGCAACGCGACCGCCGCGAAGAGCGAAGCGUCGCCGUCGGUUGCUUGUGAAACGUCCGCAGCACACGCAGUCACUGUCUGAAAUCAACGGUUGCUCGAAUUCAUCAAAUUAUGAUAGUUCAGAGGACACAGCAGUUGGAGGCCUCAGCGAAAGCGAAUAUAUCAGUACUGCCGGCACGCAUGAACUGGAAGUGGAGCAAGUACCCCCGGAUGACAUAUUGGAUCCAUCUGUCUUGAGUCAGAUUCCAGAUGAGGCGUUUACGGAAUUUUUUAAUCAAGCGGAAGGAGGCACGUCAUUCGAGGAAGGCUCGGAACUGGCGGCCGCUUUGGAAGCCGUGCUCGAUGAACGGGCAUUAGACACUAUCGCUGACGUGUUCACUCCGAAUUCACACGUUGCUAAGAACAAGAUGCAAGUUCCAGCUGCUGUAAGCGUGGAGAUGUCAUCAAGUGCGCCUUCAUAA